UACUUUUUCCCAUUUCGCGGGCAACAUAUGACUCCCUGGGAUCGGUCGGGUCUAUGGAGGAAGCUUGUCUUCAGGGUGUGGGAUCCCCUCGUGUGGGAGCCUCACUCCGACUCCUGGUAGCGAUUCGGAGAGGAGAGCAGGGCUGUCGGCUUGGCCCAGACUGCGCUCGCGGGAAAUCCGAGAACCGGGCGCCAUCUUGUCCAAACGGAUCGACUCGGGACUAUAUUUCCCAGAGAACCCCGCGAGAACAGCCUCCCCCCACCCCCACCUCACCCCUCGCCGUUCGAGUUCUGGGCCUUCGGGGAAAGGGGAGAGUGCAAGGAAUGCUCAAGACAGCCUAGACUGCCCUGACCUCUCUCCAUUUCUCUUCUCCAUGGAUAGUGGGUGUGGAUCCAGAGCUACCUCUAAUCUGGAGAACAGCCCUGAGGAGGACUGAUAAUCUGCAAUACUGAAAGCCAUGGCCCUGGAAUCAAUGAUGUUCAGGGAUGUGGCUGUAGACUUCUCUCAGGAGGAGUGGGAAUGUCUGGACCCAGCUCAGAGGGACUUAUAUAGAGAUGUGAUGUUGGAGAACUACAGCAAUCUGCUGUCAAUGGGACUUUACAUUCCUAAGCCUCAAGUUAUCUCCUUAUUGGAACAAGGGAAAGAGCCCUGGAUGGUUGGCAGAGAGCUGACAAGAGGCCUGUGUUCAGAUUUGGAGUCAAUGUGUGAAACCAAGUUAUUAUCUCUGAAGAAGGAAGUUUAUGAAAUAGAAUCAUGCCAAAGGGAUAUAAUGGGACUUACAAUGUAUGGCCUUGAGUACUCCAAUUUUAGAGAUGUUUUGGAAUAUGGAAGCCACUUUGAAAGACAACUGGGAUAUCAAAAUGGGCAUUUCAGCCAAGAAAUACCCACUCAUGGAUACAUGCCCACAUUUAUUCAACAGACAUUCUUAACUCUACAUCAAAUGAUUAAUAAUGAAGACAAACCCUAUGAAUGUAAGAAAUGUGGAAAAGUCUUUAGUCAGAAUUCGCAAUUUAUUCAACAUCAGAGAAUUCAUAUUGGUGAGAAAUCUUACGAAUGUAAGGAGUGUGGGAAAUUCUUUAGUUGUGGCUCACAUGUUACUCGACAUCUGAAAAUACAUACUGGUGAAAAACCCUUUGAAUGUAAUGAAUGUGGAAAGGCCUUCAGUUGUAGCUCAUAUCUUUCUCAACAUCAGAGAAUUCAUACUGGUAAGAAACCCUAUGAAUGUAAGGAAUGUGGGAAGGCCUUUAGUUAUUGCUCAAAUCUUAUUGACCAUCAGAGAAUUCACACUGGUGAAAAACCCUAUGAAUGUAAAGUGUGUGGGAAAGCCUUUACUAAGAGCUCACAACUUUUUCAACAUGCGAGAAUUCAUACAGGUGAGAAACCCUAUGAAUGUAAGGAAUGUGGCAAAGCUUUUACUCAGAGCUCAAAGCUUGUUCAGCAUCAGAGAAUUCACACUGGUGAGAAACCCUAUGAGUGCAAGGAAUGUGGCAAAGCCUUUAGUAGUGGCUCAGCACUUACUAAUCAUCAGAGAAUUCACACUGGGGAAAAACCCUAUGAUUGUAAGGAAUGUGGCAAAGCUUUUACUCAGAGCUCACAACUUCGCCAACAUCAGAGAAUUCACGCUGGUGAGAAACCCUUUGAAUGUCUCGAAUGUGGGAAAGCCUUUACUCAGAACUCACAACUUUUUCAGCAUCAGAGAAUCCAUACAGAUGAAAAACCAUAUGAAUGUAAUGAAUGUGGAAAGGCCUUUAAUAAAUGCUCAAACCUUACUCGACAUCAGAGAAUUCAUACUGGUGAAAAGCCCUAUAACUGUAAAUGUGGGAAGGCAUUUAGUAGUGGCUCAGAUCUCAUUCGUCAUCAGGGAAUUCAUAGUGAUGAGUAACAAAAGUUAAAGCUCUGUCACUUUCCUAAUUUUUUAAACAAAAAAAUUCAUGUUUGAUAAUUACCUUCUUUCAUUAUUUUGUUUUUUAUUUUGCAUAUAUUUUUCAUCCAAAUGCAUUUCACUCUAUGUUAUGAAUUCAGAUUCUAAAUUGACAUUUACCCCUUCCACAAUAUUGUACUAAUGGCAGUUGUUCAAUAGUUCUUUCCUUCCCCAUUAUUUUGUUCUACCUUCUUGGUGAAAACAUUAUAUUCUUUAUAUUUGCUUGUGUUUCAGGGCUGUUUUUUUCUAAUCUGAUUUAUAUAUUUGUACUCACACCAAUAUCACACUUUAAAUUGUGUGACCUUGUAUUUUUUAAUUCCUUUGAAUUCAAUAGAAUAACUUUGUUUUUGAAGUCAGUGUUAAUCUUUGUUUCACAAAUAUAUAUUUUCUUAUUAUACAACAAAAAAAUCCAGAAACUAAAAAGCCAAUAUUAAUUGUAAUCAUACCAACUAUAGAUGACUGCUCUCAAGUUGGUAGAACAAAUCCUAUCAGACUUUGUGUUUAAAGAAAGUGUAGUCAUGGUAUGCAUAUUGUACCUUCACCUGCUUUUAUCGUGCCAAAAAUAUGAUUGCCAUUUCAAUAAAUACAGAUUUUUAUUAUUUUAAUGACAUAUUUAAUGAGUUUUUAAAAUUCAUGUUGUAGUUGUAUCUAAAUGUUUGCAGUUCUAAAAUCUGUCCUGAUUAAUAUGACCCAAAAUUUAUUUUUGGAUGCUUGUUUUUUCUUUUAAGACAUGUAUUUUAAUUGCUGAAAUUAUCCAUGUUUUCUCCUUGUAAACUCUCUUGUUCCUUUUCAUCAACCCUAACCCCAGCUUCAUACUAGAAAGGUAAUUAACCAUUGUUAUCAAAGUGUUGUUUACCUUUUCAAUGUUUUAUUUUUUACUUAUAGAUUUAGUGGCAUUUUAUUUUAUAUGUAUUAGUAAAUAUAG